AUGGAAGCGUCAUCGUACACGCUGCCAGCCGCUUUUUGCUUCAUCGCAGUGCAGUUGACGUUUCAAGCCACACGACAAGCUACUCCGAAGCGACCGAAGAGAGGCAAAGUCAAGGGCGGAGGGACAACCCAGCGGCAGCAACAGGCACCGCAGGGUAGUGCCGCCACCAGUCAAGGUGUCUACCUGCCCACGGACGUUGCGUUCAAGACCUUCAUACUCGCCGCGGUUAAGGACUUGCAUGGCGAGGUUGGGUCGCUGGCCUACCCUGUGGACGUGUUGUCUUGGGAUGCGGUCAGUGGCGAAGGUCGGCUAAGGGUGCCUGCAAGGUCAUUGGUUCCAAUACGGGCAGCCCUGAGUUUUGUUGGGUCUUGCGGGGACGUUCCGUGCGCGAUAGACGUGAGAGAGGUGUCGCCGUUUCUGGCAGGCCUGGCGUGCGAGCGAUAUCUUUGAUGAUGAGCGAAGCAAGCCCCUCGGAGUGGCGGUACUGCUGUGUUGGAGCAAUGGCGGUAGCCUUGGUUGAAAGCACACAUCUGUGACCGUUGUCAUCCCUUUACUGGAAAGGAGUCUUUCGUAAAUCUGAGUGCGAACCAUGAGCGUGACACAGGAAGAUCUUCGACUGACGCCGUAUCUCGUCGUGAAGGCGCAUCUUUGAUUGCGUGUCUAUCCGAACGGUCGUGAAGGCAAAAACAUACAAACUGCAUUUUCGCCGUCGACUAUUUUGUUUGACGUCUCGA